AAUGAAAUAAGUAGUGGCAACGAAUGAGUAUUCAAUAUUAAGAAAAGUGUAAAUGCUUCAUUCCCAUGCUCCAGCUAAGGACUCUAACUUCACAUUAGGAAGAACUACUAGUUAUGAAUCAAGUCAAUUUUGUCGUAACUUUGACAUCAUGGUUUAUAGAAGGGCUUCUACAAAGGAUGAGGUGAAUAGUUAAACAUCAUCUAAAAACCUCUAUAAUCAUGAUGAUAAAUUAGCUAUCAGUAAUAUCAAUUAGAUUAAGUAAUAAUCUAUUUAAAAUAGAAGCCCAACUCUCUAUAUUGAAAUGGAUGAAUUACAAACUAAAGUCUGGAGAUCCUUAAAGAAACAAUAGUUGGUAAGAAACACCUUUAUAGAAGCAAUAAGUUUAUUCAGUUGGUAUCAUAGUAUUGAAAAACUAAAGUGAAUUUGAGUUCUCCUUUGAUAUUAGCUUACUAUCAUGUUUCCUUAGAGUUAGAGAAUUGAGUAUUCUAAUAAAUGAAACAUAUGCAGAUCAAAAUAAUAGAAUGAAAUUACAAAUUCCAUAUUUGUCAAUCUUAAUAGGCAGAGUGAAGACUUAGAAAUUGGAUGGGAAUAUGAGACUCUUUGAACUUGCUCAUAUCCUAAUCAAUGGAUAAAGGACUCUUAUUUUAUAAGAAUCCUCUUUACAAUUUUGA